AUGUUUUCUCUCGGUGGCAACAAGAAGAAAGAGAACCCAGAGGCUACCGCGCAGCCAUCCAAUUCCAAACCCAAGCUCCCCAAGCCCAACCGGCGCGGCUCAUCAAUCUCGUCGGCAGCCUCGGGCACGGCUCUCAUCGGAGACAAAGACAACGCGACCAACAACGCAGCCGGCGGCGGCGCCAGCAGCACAGAAGCCCACCGCGGCUCUCAGGACACGGCAGCGCCAACAGUAUCCUCGCAAAUGAUCCCGCAACAGCAGUCGCUCGACGAUUUCCGGUUCCCCGACGGCCAGGACAUUACCAACAACCCGCAAGCCCUGCUGCAAGCCCCAUCAUCGGCAUCCACGUCCAAAGACAAAUCCGCACACAGCAAUAACAAAAAAGACAAGAAGGGCGUGGCGCCGGCGUCAGGCCAGUCGUCGGCCAAGACCAAGGGGUCCAGGAGCAAGAAGGUGCGGGCGCUGCCGCGAAAGGUGGUGCACCGGUUGCGCGGAUACGGGUCGCGGCUGCGGAAGAAGCUGCACCGCGGGCGCAAGCACAUCAAGAAGCCCACGGGGCCGACACUGAAGCUACGCGUGCAGGUGCAGGAGCCACUGGGCCAGGCCGCGGAGGUGGGCGAGAUGGUCGGGGCGCCGCCGCCGCCGGUGCCGCUGCCGGGCGCGUAA